AUGUGUACAAGAGUAUCGAACAAGCCGAAAGUAACACUGGCCGAUCUCAUACAAGCGGCCAUAUGUAAAUUACAAGAGAAAAAUGGUGUGACAGCAUGCGAAAUCGGUGAAUUCAUUGCAAAGAAAAGAUGUUGCAGCGUCGAACAAUUGUUACCGUAUAUAAAAAGCAUACUUUGCAAUGCUGUCGUAGAAGGGAUACUAUGCGAAAAAAACGAUUGUUAUCGUAUAGCUAAACAAUAUGACGAUCCUCAACCAUCGUGCGAUCGCGAAGAAGAAGUUUCCAUUUGCGACGAAGAAAGCGUAGACGAAUCGUGCGAUUUCUCUGACGAUGAUCACAAUAGGAAAUUAGGUGUCGAUCCUUGCAGGUGUCUUAAUUUAUCAAGGGAAUGCCUGAGCGAAGAAGAAGAAUAUAGAUGCGGUCAAUGUCCACCCAAAUGUCCAAAAAAGAAGAAAUGCAAAAUCAACACAUCCAAACUCAUAUUAUUAGCCAUAAACGACGUAUGUAAAAAUGAUGGUAUAUCAAUAAGGGAAGUCGUUGGUAAAAUAUGCCAAAAUGGAAAACUCAAAGAAAAUGAUGUUAAAAAAGACGUGAAACGAUUUUUCGACAAAGCCGUACAAAAAGGUUUACUAACAAAAACAAACGGAUUGUACAAAAUAAGAAAGGGUAGUAGCAACAACAACAAAAACAAUAAUAACGAAAACAAUAAUUUUAUCGAAAUGUCUGCUAAAAAUCCGGCGGAAGAUGCUAAUUUUACUACAUUAAACUGUCGCACGAGUCGUUUGAGUUUUCCAGAUGAUGAUGGACAAGUUAUUUACUACAGACCUAAAUCAUGUUUGUACGAAGAUGACGAAGAUGAAGAUGACGAUGAUUUUUUUAGCGAUGACGAUGAAGACGUGGAUUAUUUUUCCGAUGAUUCUCUAAGAAAAGAUUCGAUAACGACGAUAAAGAAAAGUCAUAAAAGAAAAAUGGCAUCCACGGAAACUGUUCACCAAUAUAAAUUCUCUAAAAAAGAUUAUGGGAGUCACAGCGAUACUCAUUGCAACCGGAAACAAACGAGAACGUUACCGGAUGUCGACUACGAAAAACAUAGAAAAGGUGCUUGUGACGAUCCGCGCAAAACGAAUGAUCCCUCUCAACAAGAUGAUGAUCCGUGUAAGAAAAAAGAUCCCUGUCAAAAGGAAGAUCCGUGUAAGAAAAAAGAGAUUUGUCAAAAGGAGGAUCCUUGUAAGAAAAAAGAACCCUCUCUAAAGGAGGAUCCCAGUAAGAAAAAAGAGAUUUGUCAAAAGGAAGAGGCUUGUAAGAAAAAGGAUCCCUGUCUAAAGGAGGAUCCGUGCAAGAAAAACAAUUCGAAUCAGAAAAAAAGUAUGCAUAAGAAAAAGGUCGGGUCUCAAAGGAAAAAAGAUUCCGGUCAAAGAGAUGAUUCGUGUAAGAAAUACAAUUCGAAUCAGAAAAAAAGUGUGCAGAAGAAAAAGGUCGGGUCUCAAAGGAAAAAAGAUUCCGGUCAAAGAGAUGAUCAGUAUAAGAAAAGAGAUUCCGGUCAGAGAAAUGAUCCCUGUCAAAAAGACGACCCUUGUAAAAAGAGAGAUUCAUAUAGGAAAAGUACUCAGCGGAGAAAGAAAGACAGCAGAGAGCAAGAGUACCCGAAGGAAAAGAAUUUCACGAGUGCAGAAUUACGCGGCAAAAAUGGUAAUGAUGAAUGCAACAAUGAUAAUGGAAACGAUGACAGUAACAAUGAUAACGGAUAUUAUGAAUGCAUUAAUAGUGGCAUGGGUAUUGAUAAUAAUAAUAGAAGCGACGAGAGCGAUAACGGCGAUAAUGGUACAGUUAACGGCAGGGGGAGCAACAACAAUGACGAUGACAACAAUUGUCCACCGAAUUGCGAGGAUAUGUACUUCAUGAAUGAAUUAACCCAAGACGAAUGUCAAUUGGAAUACAUAGACGAUGGUAACUAUGAACCCAUGGAAGAAGAUGGUUACAUUUCUCAAGAUCAGGAUUCGAAUCCGAACGUUUUAGAAGACGAAAACGACGAUAUGAAAAAUUGUGAAAUAACCGGAUACGACCUACUCGAUUCCGAACCGGAUGACGACGAAGAAUUUUUGGAACUAGAAAAACAAGAUGAUGAUAAUUAUUUUAUAGACACCAGUGACUGCGACCAAGGCGUUAACAAUUUAGAAAAAGUCAGCGUUUGUCAAAAAGGUGAACAAAUAACAGAAGUUAAGAGAAAGAAACAAGACAAAUAUUCCGUUGAUACUGUCAAAGAACAAGGUUAUCAGAAAAUUGGAAAUGACGAGUAUUUAACAGCCGAUAACCCUGAUAACAAAGACAUUUCAACGAAAAUAAUAAACAAAAGUAAAAUGAACGAUUGUCCAAAAACGACGACGAUACACCAAAAUCAAAUCCAAAACGAAAACGCGGAGGGUAAUAAAAAUCAAACCGCGAACGUGGCAACCCUCGAAACGAAUUGUUCGAAAAUAAACGCGGGUCUUAAGAACAAGGAAAGCAUACGUUCGGACAACAUCAUACAAAACAUUAAAAAAUCAGAUAAGAACAUGAUAACACCGUGCAAGAACUGCGACGAAUUUUCCGACAAGAAGAAAAAAGAUGGUAAUAAAUUAAAUGAUAAGAGUUCGGUUAAAAACGACAAGAAAACCGUCGAGAAAGGUUUCGACGGUGAUGGUAAAAGAGAUGGAAAGAAAAAUAAAAUACCGCAAGUUACGAAAGCUAGAUAUCAACUUUAUGCCAAUGUCGAGGGAGGGGAUAAUUUCCAGUAUGGAAGUCCAAAAAAGAAAAAAAACGAAAUUUCGAAAUCCAAUAGGAAUUGCAACAACAACAACAACAACAACAGCACGGGUAGAAGAAACAUAAAAGAACUUGAAAAAAUAUACAAUGAAAAAAUUUGUUUUUGGAGUGUUAUUUAG